UCUUUUGUUUUCACUUUUUUCCUCUUCAUUUUAUUUAAUUCCUUGUUAUUAUUAAACUAUUUAUUUUCAUGUUUCUUAAAUUUUCCGGAACUUUUUACGUUUAAUUAAAAUUUUAAAUGCCCGUAGUCGUGCCCGCAAAAUGGUGCAUAAUACUAAAGUCACCGUCCAGAAAGUCUUUAUCAAAACCAUGGCUAUUAUAAUCAACAUCAACAAAACAACUAAAACGAAACGCUCUUUUACUAUUCGGUGUCUCACUGUAAAAUGACAUUUUGUAAUUUUGGGUUUAUGUGAAAGAGGCAGUCUGUGAUUGAAGGGGAGGCUUGCGUUUUGUGGGAUUCUUCAUCAUCAUUGCUGGGAUUUGUCCAUGGUAGGUAUGGUAGUAACAGUCCUCAAGGCUAGAUUGAUUUUUUUGUGGCGGUUUUGAGACGUGGCUUGAAUUAGAUGGGAGUAUUUCUUUGAGUUUCUACAUUAUGAUUACAAUUUGUCAGCCAUAUUGCUGGAAUGCGCACAAUUUCAGUGUCAAAAUAGCAGUGUUGGGGGGUUUUCAGAGCUUUGUUAGCUGGGUUAACAGUCUUUUGGUUUUUCCGUUUUUUUUUUUUUAUGGAUUUGGCUACCCAGUGUUGAGGUUGAUGAGAUAAAUUGAUGGGUGAUUGUGUUGAUUUGAUUUGGAAGGUUUCAUCUAUCUAAUGUAUAUUUAACGUUCUUGCUUGGAUGAAUGUAUAUUUAACGUUCUUGCUUGGAUGAAUGUAUAUUUAACGUUCUAUCUAAAAGGAAAUCAAACAAUUCCCUGUAAAAUGGUUCAAACCAAUUGAAGAAUCUGCUAGCCAUGGAUUUUUUUAUGUGUAAGAGAAAGCACUGGAAAAAGAAGAAGAAGAAGAAGAAGAAGCUAACCAUAAUAUUUAAAUAUACAUUCAUCCAAGCAAGAACGUCAAAUUUGUUUUAAAGGAUUUGUUUGUGCUGAGUUGUUUCUCUUGGGAAUGUGCCAUCUGCAGCAACUCUUGCAUUAUAGGUUUUAAAUAUUGCCUAUGUUACUUAUCAUCAACCUUUCUUUGACAUGUGUUCAAGUUGUCAUUUUUCACGAGUUUUUCCAUUUGUAUGUUGCACGAUCACAAACUGUGUGAUGAUUGUGCAUUUUAUGUGAAGAUUAUCUUCAAUGGUCAAGGGUGUUGGUAGAUACUGGUUUGAUAUUUAGUUUGAUUACAACACUGCGUUUGGUUCGUGGAUGACUCUGUUUCCUGUUAUGUGUAGGAACUAUGCCAAACAACAAAUAGUUCUUCUUCAAAUAACAAUGAGUUUGUGGUUCAAAUUUGACUAAACCAAUUAUAACUUCUCCACUCAAUGUGGAAUUGAUUUAGGAAUUCUAAUGUAAUAAUGAUUCUUGGCUCUCUUUUUUUGUGUACACGUGUUUGCUUUACAGAUUUCUUUUAUGUUUCACAGUGUUUGAUGGAAUUCCAAGUAUUAUUCACUGGUAUAAAUCAAUGUCUCUUCCUGAGUGUUUUUGGCUUUUGGUCCGUCUGGAUUCUUUUACAGUAUCUCCCACUGAUUUGGAACAAGGUGAAUCUCUCUUAUCAAUUAAUUGAAAUUUCUUCCCCUUUUCCUUUUUCCUUACUGUCACAGGUGUAUGUUCUAGGGUUGCUGUAUGCUCUAGGGUUAGGAACUUUUGAUUCUUUCUUGGAAUGUCUUUGUGUGUUAAGUUUGUCUUUUGUUUAUCUUCUCUUGUGUGUUUGGGUUUGUUUUCCCGACUUUCUUUUUUCCUUAACAGCGUUUUUUUUUCCAGUGCUUUCUUUGCAAAUAAUGUGCUGCUUGAUAUGUUAAGAAAUCGAUACUCAAGAAUUGAUGAGCUUGAACAGGAGGUUAUGGACAGGCCAAAGAUAGUUGAUGAGGGGAUGAAAUUGCAGAAUAAUUUACUUGUUUAGCUCAAACGAUGAAGUCCAUGAUUGUCUAUAAAGAAAGGGAAUUGAAAUGGAAUCAGUAGACGAGUAACGAGUUGCUUGCUACAGCUAAGAACAUAUAUAAGCAUGUUGGAGAGUUGCAAAGGCAGGUUAGGAAAAAAACAGAAACAGUAACAGAUAAAACAGAGUCAGCACACGGUUUUAGCAGGAAAGUUGUGCUGCCAUUGCCAUUAAUUAAAAGAUAAUAAGAAGCUGAAGACUGACAAAGAAAAGUAGAGGGAAGAACUUAUGUACAAAGUGGAAUGUCUUGAGAAUCUUGGUCAGAUUAGUUACAUUUUUAAGGAAUUAAUGGUAUAAAUUGAAGUGGGAAGGGCAUUGCAAGUUGAAUUACUUAAAAAAAACUGAAUUGAAUGCUGUGAAAAUCUGGAAGCAAGAAAAAAAACUGUUUUGAGAUGUUCACUACUGUUUUUUGGGAAAAUGUUUAUGUUUUAAUUUGUUUAUCUCCAAACUCAGGUUUUACAUUGGUUUUUCUGCUUUCGCCACCUUCCCUGCUUAUUGUUAGCUAAUUUGGUUACUGAGAUCACUUUUUUUUUUCCCAAUCGUCCUUGUCACUCCGAGUAAAGGAGCCAGCUCUGGUGCAUCUUCAAUUGGAAAACCUUUAUACAUCCAGCUACCGUGGAUUUGAAAGGCAAAACAAAUGAGCUGCUGAGAAUAAACGCUGGAAGAUUUUAGAUGGAAGAUCUAUACCGAAAUUUAGGUCCCCUUCAAUGUGAUGGUCCUGGUGCUGAUUCUAAGGCCCUAACUCUGUGUUGAAGACCAGGAUUACAUGGGUCUGAUCAAGAAACGGCAAGAAUACCUUGACAAGGAUUGGAGAAUCUUGGAGUCCAUGUUUGCAUGUCCAAAACCAUCCAUAUUCAUCUUCACUUUGGAUUGGAAGGAACCACUUGAUAGGAUUUGCUCCCAACUUUGAACGGUCAAUGCAGAAAAAAGUCCAAAUUCAAAUAGGAGUUUCUCUGUAACCAUAAUGUGAAGUGAAUAUACUAAAGGGUGAAGGAAAUGCAGACAAGUCAUCACAAACAGAACAAGCCUGGAAACUUGCAUUGCACGCAAAGCUAACUGGAUCGGUAUUGCUGUAGAAAAAAUGGAAAAUGUCUUAAUAUUAGACUUUGAAUAUCAGAAGUCUUUGGUCUGUGCGGAGUAUUGCCCAUUUAUAGAUAUAUUCUUAAGUGACCAAGUUCCAAUCAACCUGAGACAAGAGGGACUACUUCUAAAAAUAACCAAAAAGCAUUUCUGAUUAGGACUUGCAGCGAGACCGCCACGAAUGUGACUUUUGGACUCACCAGAAAUUGAUACAAAAAAAUCUACGCGUUUGAGAAUUUGGUGUCAAUUCCCAUUAAUGACUCGACCUUGCAAAGUAAAAGUUGUCUUCCCCCUGUUCAGUGGGUGAAGGAUCAAAAUUAGAGAAGAACUAUGUAUGUAUAUCUAUAUCAAUAUCUAUUAUUCUCCAAGUUUAUGCAUCCUGUUUUUGCACACACAAGCAAAAUAUUUAUUCCAGUUUUUCUUGAAUUGGGUGAGCAUGGAAACGCUUGCUACUGUUUUUAAUCUUGUGCUUCUUUUGAUUGUGAAUCUUGUAUUCAAUGGAAUUGGAGCUGAUUCGAACUUGAGCUGUAUCAAGAGGGAGAGAGAUGCGCUUCUCAAGUUCAAGCAAGGCCUCACAGAUGAUUCAGGCCAAUUGCUUUCUUGGAUUGGAGAAGACUGUUGCACAUGGAAGGGAGUAUGCUGUAGCAACAUAACUGGCCAUGUUGUACAGCUUGAUCUACGAAAUCGGCAGGUUUCAUUUGCAAACAAAACUACCUUGCGAGGUUUCCCACCAUCUUGGAAAUCUUUCAAACUUGCAGUACCUUGAUCUUAGUUGGAACUAUGGCUUGAAAGUUGAUAGACUCCAGUGGGCAUCCGCUCUUCCUUCUUUGGAACACUUGGACCUUUCAGGUUUGAAACUUACCAAGGCCAUGGACUGGUUAGAGUCAGUAAACAUGCUUCCUUCUCUAGUAGAACUGCACUUAUCCUCUUGUUCCCUUCCUCACAUUCCUCUCUUUUUGCAAACUAAUUUUACAUCUCUUACCGUUCUUGAUCUCAACACCAACAACUUCAAUUCCUCCGUCCCCCAAUGGCUAUUUAAUUUUAGCAGAAUUCAAACUCUUAAUCUAAGGGAGAAUGGUUUUAGAGGCUCCAUGUCCAGUGACAUAGGUAACUUAAAUCUACUUGCAUUCCUUGACCUUUCUCACAAUGAACUAGAGGGUGAAAUGCCAAGAACCUUGAGGAAUCUAUGCAAUUUGCGUGAGCUUGACUUGUCUCACAACAAAUUCAGUGGUGAGAUUUCUCAACCUUUUGGCAGUCCAACUAGCUGCUUGCAGAACAGUUUACAGAGUUUGGUUCUUGAAACUAAUCAACUCAGAGGUAGUCUUCCAGAUAGUUUAGGAAGCUAUAAGCAUCUAGUCAACCUCAAUCUUUAUUCUAACGCCUUUUCAGGUCCAAUCCCAGCAUCGAUUGGAAGACUAUCAAGUUUGAAAAUAUUAGACCUCUCCCAUAAUUACCUUAAUGGUAGUGUUCCGGAAAGCGUUGGGCAGCUUUUCAAUCUUGAGUUUUUGAAUAUCCAUAACAAUUCAUUGAGUGGCAUAGUUUCUGAACGUCACUUUUCAAAGCUCGCCUCGUUGACUACCUUGUAUUUGUACCUUAACUCACUAGUUCUUGAUCUUCGUCCCACUUGGGUACCUCCUUUCCAAAUUCGAGAGCUUGCAUUGUUUUCUUGCAAAGUUGGACCCCAAUUUCCACAAUGGCUCCAAACACAGAAAAAUCUGUCAAUAUUAGAGAUGUCUAACACUAGCAUUUCGGAUAGAAUUCCGGAUUGGUUUGAAAACAUUUCCUCCACUAUUGUAUUAUUGGACUUGUCUGUUAAUCAAAUUGGAAAAAACUUGCCGAAGCUGAGAAAAUCUUUCGAUGCUUCUUCCAGAUUCAUAUACUUGUAUUCCAACAAGUUCGAGGGUCCUCUAACUCCUUUUCCUUCAGAUGUGAUUGAAUUAGACGUCUCCAACAACUUUCUCCGAGGCCAAAUCCCCCAAGAUAUUGGCAACAUGAUGCCACGAUUGACCCUGUUGCAUCUAUCCAACAAUUCCUUAAAUGGGAACAUCCCAGUUUCUUUAUGCAAGAUGGGGGAAUUACGAUUUCUUGAUCUCUCAGAAAAUCAGUUUUCAGGAGGAAUUCCGAAUUGCUGGAGCAAGUUGCAGCAUCUACGCGUGAUGGAUCUGUCUAGUAACAUUCUGGAUGAUCAUAUUCCACGUUCUCUGGGUUCUCUACAGCAACUUCGAUCUUUACACCUGCGAAACAAUAGUUUGCAGGGAAAAGUACCUGCGUCGUUAGAGAAGCUAAAACACUUGCAAAUUCUUGAUCUCAGUGAAAAUGUGCUAAAUGGUACUAUUCCUCCAUGGAUAGGUGAAGGGCUAUCUUCACUGUCAGUGCUUGAUGUUCAUUCCAACAGGUUUCAAGGUGAGAUUCCUCAGGAACUUUGCCACCUCACUUCUCUUCGCAUUUUGAGCUUGGCACACAAUGAGAUGACCGGAACUAUUCCCUCCUGUUUUCACAACUUUACUGGAAUGAUUGCAAAUGAGUUCUCAGUGGAAGAACAAUGGCCAUACGGUCCUACGAUAUUUGAUGAUAUUUUUGGGUUUCAGUCUGUGGUAUACGUGGAGAACCUUUGGGUUUAUAUGAAGGGAAUGCAGCUGAAAUACACUAAAACACUUCCGUUUCUCUUUUCCAUUGAUCUUUCAAGAAACAGGUUUGUUGGAGAGAUUCCAAAUCAGCUUAUGAAUCUGUUGGAGCUACGAAACCUGAAUUUAUCUAGAAACAAUUUUAAGGGGCAAAUUCCUUGGAAGAUUGGAGAUUUGAGACAGUUGCAAUCGCUUGAUUUGUCUAGAAAUGAACUUUCUGGCUUGAUUCCUGCAAGCCUUUCUCAAUUGAAUUUCCUAAGUGCCUUGAACUUGUCAUUCAACAAGUUAUCUGGACGCAUUCCAUCAGGAAAUCAGCUCCAAACUUUAGAUGACAAAUCCAUCUACGCUGGGAACAGUGGACUUUGCGGGUUUCCACUUGACGACUGCCAAGAAGUGGCACUGCCUCCUGAUGAGGGAAGACCAGAAGAUGAGUUCGAAAUUCUUUGGUUUUAUGGCGGUAUGGGAGUGGGUUUUAUGACUGGAUUCGUAGGAGUUUCUAGCACGCUAUAUUUCAAGGAUUCCUGGAGGGAUGCGCUUUUUCGAUUAGUUGACAAAAUUUACAACAAGUUCCGAGUGAUGAUUGUGGUAAGCAAAAACCAUCUAACAAGAAAGAUUUAUGGAGACAGAUUUGGAGGACAUGCUUGAGAAGCAUAUAUUGAAAGAAAAGUUGAAUAAAGCUAUGCUCAAACUCAGGGGAAGCAUAGUUGUGCUGUGAUCGAUCUAUGAUGUCUGAGCAUGGAUGGAUUUGAAUCCAUUUUCGACAUCUUGCCUCAAUACUCGUGAUGCUAGAUGAAUGCCACUGGAACGUAUGUAGAUUUAUGUUUGUUAUAGCUUACAAUACCCAUAAUGAAUAGAGAGUUUUUCUGAAACUUGUUUGAGAAAGUUCAGUUAUAACUGGGACUUGGAGUCAAUUGUGAUUGGUAACUAAUAGCCAGUGCUGUUUCUUCUCU